GAAAAAUACCCCAAAUAUUACGAUAAAAGGCGUAAGGAAAGAGGCAGUGAGGAGGCGGCGGCGGGCAGAGUGGCGUUGCCCGCAUUUGACAAUUCCAAUUUCCAAUUCAAAAUUCAAUUCCUUCUCUUACUUUUCCAAUACCAAUUAAUCAAAUCCCAUCUUCUUCAACCUCAACUCACCUCUGCAACUUCCUCCCUCUCUCAUCCUUCAACAAUGGCUUCCCUCAUCACUUUCUCUCUCCUCCUCUCUCUCUCUCUUCUCGCCGCCGCCUCCCCUUCCCCGUAUCUCUCCCCCAUUUUCUCCAGAAACUACAACGCCAUGUCCACAACGUUAAAGAUCUUCACCUACAUCCCAUUCAAACCUGUCUCCUUCCCUUCCCCUGCCGAAUCGCUUUUCUACAAAUCGCUUCUAGACAGCCCCUACUCUACUCACGAACCUGACCAUGCGCACUUCUUUUUUAUUCCUUUUUCUCCCGAUACUUCUACGCGCUCUCUUGCGCGUUUGAUUCGCACGCUCCGUUCUGAGUUGCCCUAUUGGAAUCGGACUCUUGGCGCUGAUCACUUCUUUCUCUCGUCGCCUGGCGUUCGCUAUGCCUCUGAUCGGAACAUUGUCGAAUUGAAGAAGAAUGCUAUUCAGGUCUCUGGUGGGCCCGUGCCGGUUGGGAAUUUUAUUUCUCACAAGGACAUUACGUUGCCGCCGGUUUUCGAUUCGUCGGAGUUUUCUUCUUCUUGGAUUCCUGCUCCGGCGACGGAGAGGGUGCUGGGUUUCGUCGGGUAUGGGUGGGUGAGAGAUCGGGUUUUGGUGAAGGAGUUGAUUGAGGAUCCUGAGUUUUUUAUGGAGUCUGAGCCGCCGCCGCCGCCGCCGUCGGAGAGGCGGAAUUACGGGGAGAGAUUGGGGAAAAGUGAUUUUUGUUUGUUUGAAUACGGCGGUGGGGGUGUUGUUUUGAGGAUUGGGGAGGUGGUGCGAUAUGGGUGUGUGCCGGUGGUUAUUUCUGACCGUCCGAUUCAGGACUUGCCGUUGAUGGACGUGUUACGGUGGCAGGACAUGGCGGUCUUUGUCAAUGGCGGCAAAGGAAUUGAAGGAGUGAAGAGAGUAUUGAGGCGCGUGGACGAGGAGAGUCUCGUAAAAAUGAAGAGACUGGGUGCGGCGGCGGCACAGCAUUUUGUGUGGAACUCGCCGCCUCAGCCAUUGGAUGCUUUCAAUACGGUGGCGUAUCAGCUUUGGUUGAGAAGGCAUACCAUCAGAUACGCCGAGAGAAAAGAGUGGGCCCAGAGUUGAAAAAUGGAAGCUCGUUUGCAUGGGGUUUGGACUUUUAAUUAAUUGUAAUUUUUUUAGUGAAUAUAUGAAAAAAAAAAAAAAGAAGAUAAUAAUAAUAAUAGUAGUUGAAUUUUUUGUUAAAAAUAUUUAAUGUGAAAAUAAACAUGUACUGCAUUAAUAAAGUUGGGUUAUAUGAAUUGGUC